ACUUCACCUUGAUAAAGCCCUUCAACCAAAAAAGGCCAAAUAACGGUGAAGCUUGUGCUUCAUGUUAAUGUGACCCUCCCUCUUUAUUUUCUCCCUUUCGUGUUGUCUCGGUCGUUUCAUUUCCCUCCGAAGAAAGAAUCCAUGGUCCCAGAUGAUUCUUCUCCUUCACUUCUUGACUCUCAAGCCUGCCAAAUCUUGAGUCUUGAUCACUAGGUAGAUAGACAGAGAGCAUCGUGGCCUUGUCAAAUGGGGUUUUCAGUUGCCCUUCGCUGUUAUCUACCAGUCGAAUCUUCUCUCCAUUCCUCCAAGUUUUCACCGAGGUUCAACUUGAAGCAGAACAGACUGGCUUUCAUAACAACAUCAAAAAUAGAAAGCCCUUCACUGCAGAUUGUCAAAUCAAUCUCAAACAACAUGAAUUCGAGCAUCAAUGAAAAUGGGGCUACUAAACCUGCAAGGGUUCUUCUUGAGAGAUUGUUUGCACAGACUCUGAAACUCGAAGAACAGAUGAGUAGGAGCUCUCGCCUUCCCGAGGAUGUUCAACCAGUGGUUAAUCUUGAAAUUCUGGAAUCUGAUCUUCUUGCUCUUUUGAAAGCCUUGAAGAAGAAGGAAGAAGAACUUCAAGAUGCUGAAAGAAAUGUUUUCUUGGAACACAGCAGAUUAAAUCAGGCAAAGGAGGAGUUGGAAAAACGGGAAAAUGUAAUUACAGCUGCUUUUUCUAAGCAUGAAAAACUUGAAGGGGAGCUAAAGCAAGCAAAUCUUAAUCUAGCUUCUCAAGCCAGGGAGAUUGAAGAAUUAAAGCUUCAACUCAAGGAGAAAGAACAGGAUAUUGCUUCUGCAUGUUCUGCACUUUCUCUCAAAGAAGAUGAAAUGGAUAAAAUGAAAACUGAUUUGCUGAAGAAAAGUGAGGAAGUUGCUAGGAUUGACUCUGAACUGAAAUACAAGGCUCAACUGCUGAACCAAGCCAGUGAGGUUGUGAAGCGACAAGAAAUCGAACUUCAAGGACUGCAAAUGCUUAUUCGAGAGAAAGAAGAAGAACUGGAAGUUUCUACGAAUCUGAGGAAAUUUGAGGAAGAAAAGUUAAAAGUUGUGGAGUCCAAUUUGGAGGAUCGGACAAGGGAAUGGUUACUAAUCCAGGAAGGACUGAACAAAUUGGCAAAGGAAGCAUCUAAACAAGUCAGAGACACUAAUGAGGCUUUAGAGGAUUUUGGAAGGGUGUAUAAGCUUCUUGAAGACGUGAGAUCUGAACUGAUCUCUUCACAAAAAUCUCUAGCAUUCUCUAGAAAGCAAAUGGAAGAACAAGAGCAGCUAUUAAAAACGCAACUAGCAGAACUUGAAGAACAGAGGAAAAGUGUUAUGUCUUACCUGAAUAGUUUGAAAAAUGCCAAAAUAGAAGUGGAGAGUGAGAGAGUAAAGCUUAGGACUGCAGAGGCUCGAAAUAAGGAGCUUGAACGAGACUUGUCCAUGGAGAAGGAGCUGGUGGAAGAAUUACAGAAGGAGUUAGAGAAGGAGAAAUCUUCUCUGCAGCAGGAAAUUGAGAAGACGUCUUUUCUACAACAGGAACUGCAUCAGAAAAAUAUUGAAUUUGGAGAAAUGCAGCAUCUUCUUCAAGCUAAAGAAUCAGAUUUGGUGGAAGCUAAACUAGAUAUCCAGAAUUUAAAAUCUGAGCAGGCUUCUCUUCAGCUUAUACUGGAGGAUAAAGAUUUGCAACUCUUUGACGCGAGGAAGAAUUUGGAUGAAGUAAAUCAGGAGGUCGCAGAGCUAAGGAUGCUAAUGAGCAGUAAAGAAGAACAACUUGUCCAAGCCACCACCAUGAUAAAGGAGAAAGAGGAGCAUGUUCAGGUUAUGCAAGAUGAAUUGAACAAUACAAGGGUGAAAGUCUCUGAAGCGGAAUCUGUAGUGGAAAGGAUCGUAGAGCUUACAAACGAAUUGGUUAUCUCCAUUAAAGAUCAGAAUGAACUAAGGCAAUCCAACAAUAUGACCUUGGAAUUCUUUCAACAACCGUUGGAUGAACUAAGUGAUGAUUUUAGGUUGCAGAAGAAGCAGUAUGAAACAGAACUCAAGUUUAGCAGAGAAAGCUUAAGAGUGAAAGAAAUGGAAGUUCUAGCAGCAAAGAGAGCUCUCGCAAUCAAAGAUGAAGAGCUUAAAACAGUUCUCGAGAGAUUGGAUACAAAGGAGAAAGAACUGAGAAAAUUGAAGGAAGAGGCAGUUGAAGAUGCUAAUGAUCUGAGGAAGCUUUAUUCUUUAGCGCAAGAGAGAAUCGGUGAGAGUAGUGCUGGAGACUUGGCUAUUGAGAAACUCAAACUAGAGGCCGCUCAACUUGAAGUUGAAGCUGCCACCAGCGCUCUGCAAAAACUUGCAGAAAUGAGUCGAGAACUUUUAAAUAAAGCAAGCUUGAGCAUUGAGGCUGAUACUGAUAUUUUCAUGCCAAACGGCUCUGGUCCUGGCCUUGUUCUGUUAGAGAACAAUGAAUGUUUCAAGGAGGUUAAAACAGAAGUUGCUCGGCUGUCAUCUUUGACUGAACAGCUUUUGCAAGAUGCUGGUAUUACUGUUGGUGCAGACUGAUAGAUUCUGAAGCUUAAAUAGAUUGUGUAUAGGUAUCUAACUUCCAUUGUUGUGUUGCCAAAAUCUGUAGUAUGAUGAGUUGUACACUGUGAGCAUGUUUCUGUUGCACAGUUGUUAACCCGAUCAGUAAGAGAUUGCCACUAUAAUUUGGUACAUAUUGGAUCUGGGCAACAUGUCUUAGCUUGGUAUCAAGCAUCUACUGGACAGCAUAGUAGCUGGCAGUAUGUAUGGCUGUGGGCUCAUGCCAUUAAUUUUCUCCGAGUUUGGGUUUCCUA